AUGUCGACAUUCGGUACUAUAUUUCAAGUGACAACAUUUGGUGAAAGUCACUGUGCUGGCGUUGGAUGCAUUGUCCAAGGUGUUCCACCGAGAAUGAAGUUAAACGAAAGCGAUAUACAAGCACAAUUAGAUCGUCGUAAACCAGGACAAUCAAAACUUACGACAUUACGUGGCGAGGCAGAUUUAGUUCAAAUAUUAUCUGGUACAGAAGCGAAUACAACACUGGGAACACCAAUUUGUCUCUUUGUUCCGAAUAGAGACUGUAAACCAGAAGAUUAUGUCUCUAUGCUCGAUAUACCACGUCCAUCGCAUGCCGAUUACACUUAUCAGAAGAAAUAUGGCAUUCGGGCAGCGUCCGGUGGAGGACGAUCGAGUGCAAGAGAAACGAUAGGAAGAGUUGCAGCUGGGGCUAUCGCUGAAAAAUGGUUAUCUGAGUGUUAUGGGAUAGAAAUUAUUGCUUAUGUAAGUGGCAUUGGGCGAAUUCAAAUACCACCAGAAACUGAGUCGCUACUAAAAGAGUCUGCACUAAAACGGACACAAAUAGAUCAAAGUUUAGUGCGCUGUCCAGAUCAGAAAACAGCUGAAUUGAUGAUUCACGAAGUAGAAGCAGCGUUGAAUGAUCAAGAUUCAGUUGGUGGAAUCAUAACGUGUAUCUGUCGAAACAUUCCUGCUGGUAUUGGUGAGCCAGUAUUCGAUAAGUUAGAAGCUAUGUUGGCACAUGCUAUGCUCUCGAUACCAGCCACUAAAGGAUUCGAAAUUGGAAGUGGAUUCGAAGGAACGAAGAUGAGAGGCUCACAACAUAACGAUAUGUUCACAAAUGACGCAUCAUCUUGUAAUACGAAAUUGACAACGAAAACGAAUAAUAGCGGCGGUAUACAAGGUGGCAUUAGUAAUGGUGAACCAAUUCUGUUUCGUGUAGCUUUUAAGCCACCAGCUACCAUUGGCAAAACUCAAAUGACCUGUACGUUUGAUGGUGAACCAUGCUUGUUGAAUGCAAAAGGACGCCACGAUCCAUGCGUUGUACCAAGAGCAGUUCCGAUCGUCGAAGGGAUGACAGCAUUGGUUUUAGCUGACCAAAUACUUCUUCAAAAAGCAAAGACUGAUAAUAUUAGUGUAUGA